CUUACAUUGAAUCGAAGCUCUCUGCUGAAAAGCCAAACAUCCAAUUCGAAUCUUAAUCAAACCCGGAGCAUUAUCACAAUGUCUUCAUACGGAACAAAGGUCACGAACGAUCCAUCAGCCAGCGACAUCCAGGAGGCCGUGGGAACCGUCACAUCAGAUUCUCUCGCCGCCGAAUCGCUGAAAGGCGAUGGUCACUUCGCCGAAGGCAACCCCAAAGCGGCAGCAAGCUCGCAAAAGAGCGCUGGUAGCACAGCAAACAACCGCGACACUUCUGGCGCCACAACCCUCGACGCUGCUCCAGACGCAGAAGCUCGCGAAGCACAAGAGGAGUGGAGCGAGACCUCACAACUGAACGCUGGCCGUGGGCUCGGGAAAGACGCAGGACGAGGGCCCUCAUACAACACGCCAGCCGAUGAUGCACGAAACAAUAGCGGAACCGGAACCGGAGAGUAUAACACCACCACUGGUGGAAGUGGCGGUGUUGACCAAGCGCCGACGGGCGGGUAUGCGGGCUCAGCUGAGCUAGGUCGAGAUCAGGGCGAGUUUAAGCCGCAUGGCAAAAACAUCACCGAGGGCGGAUUCGACAGCGGGGCGCCCAAUGCGAGCUUCCAUCAGGAGAUUGGAGGGAGCAAGGAUCCAGGACGGCUUGCGGAGGCUAAGUUUGAGAACCAGAAUGCGCAGAGUGGGUAUGACGGUGGCAGUGGGCCGAGACAGUCUGAAGUGACAGGUGAGGGACAGUAUAAUACACUAAGGAGAGAGGAGGAUGCCUAGAGCGGCGGCUCUCUGAGUGUAGGCUUUGAUUUUUUUCUGAAGUACUCGGUGUAUAUGGAUAAAUUCCAACAACAUGAGCAAUUAAGAAAUGAAAAUGACUUGGAAAUGCAAUAAAAGUGAUUAGUUAUC